CUUCCCUUUCUCUCUCUGACUCAACUCACUCUCUCUCCGUGGCCAUAUCAAGCACAAUGAAGACGUGAUCGUCGCUACCGACAACGGUGUUCUUAAUCUUAUGUACCCAUUAUAAUGAUCUCUUCAAGAGUUCUAAUAUCUCUGAAGGAUCAAACUUGUUCUUCAGCUUGGACGGGUUGGAUCAAGCACUAAUGUUAAUCCUUUGUUCUUCAGUGAAGUUGUUGUGAGAUUGAUAUAUUCGGCAAAGGAAAGAACUCUCUGGAACCUUUUUUGACAUAUGGAAAACCCAAAAACCCCAGAAACCCUAGAAGCUAAAGAGCCAGGUCAUAAAACCCUAGAAGAAGCUUCUGAGUGUGCUGGGAUGUCUGAUCUGAGUGAGAAAUGUGCUGGGUCAGAAUCCAUUCCGGAGAUUUCGGUUGAAGAAAAUGGAAAAGUGGUUGAUGUAAAACAUAACGGUGUUGGGGUGGAUAAUGUGGGACUGCUAGAUCAAGUGGUUGAAGUUGAUGAAAUCAACGGUGGUAUUGAAGAUGAAAACGUGGUUGCGGUUGUGGAAACAGUGGCCAGUAUUGAGGAGAGUUGCAUAAAUGGUGUUGGUAUUGAGAAGGGUUGUCUGGUAGAAGGUGGGAUGGAUAGGGAUGAUGACGCACCAAAGGGUUCCAAGGACUCAAAAUUGGACCGGGGAUUAGUGGGUUUGGUUAGUAAUGGAAGUAACAAUGAGGGAGCUGAGAAGAUUGUGGAAGAAAAGGAAAUGAAAGAUGAUAGUAGGAUGGGAUUAGAUGAAGUUGAUUUGACAAGGAAGAUAGACGUUUCCAGAGAUGGUAUAUCACUUUUCGUGGAUAUUUGUGGUCCUCCUUCCAGACUUAGUCAAGAUAACAUUGAUGAAGAAAAAUGUUUUGGAUUAAUGUUCACCAAGGAGAAGCCAAGUGAAGCUGGCAAUGUGGAGGAGAAGGGAAAUGAUAAUCUAGAAUAUAAUUUUUCUGUGGGUGAUGUUGUAUGGGUUAAAACUAAAAGUCAAACAUGGUGGCCAGGAAAGAUUUAUGAUCCUUCGGAUGUACCGGGGUUUUCUGCAAAGAGUGAGCAGAGGGAAUGUUUACUUGUCGGAUAUUUUCAGAGCAGCCAUGUUGGUUGGUGUAGCCCAUCACAAUUGAAGUCUUUCCAUGAGCACUUUGACCAUAUGUUGGGGCUAAACAAGUCAAGAACUUUUGUUGGAGCUGUGGAGAAGGCUGUGCAUGAGUUUGGUAAGCGUGUGAAGAUGGAGAUGACGUGUUCUUGUGCUCUGAAACAAGGUCAGCAAUCAAGUGGUGAUGGUCAAUCCAAGAAAAGUGUUUGUGGACUUGAUCGUAAAUCUGGUGAACUUGGUGAAUUUAUGGCUACUCAGUUUGAACCUGCUAAGUUUCUUCUGCAACUUAAAACUCUAGCGGUGGUUGUUUCUAUGCCUGGCAUGAUUGAGUUUUCUGUCGCACAAAAUUGUCUAUCAGCAUUCUACCAUUCCGUGGGCCACUCCCAGUUGCCAAUGCAGGUACUCCAGGAAACAAGUGAUAUUGAAAAUGGUUAUGAUGACAUGUCAAUGGUUGAAAGCAAAUUUGUUGUUAAGACUGAAGACAACGUUACAUGCUCAGCUGAUGAGAACUUGCAAACCACUCCGCUUACUGAGUCACAGAAAGAAUCAGAGAAAGGGAAAGAACGUUAUAACUCAAAUGGCAUGGCAUCUAAAUCCAUAAAGAGAAAGGAGGAGAAGGUUUUUGAGUCGAGAGAACGGAAGAAGAGCAGGUACUUAUCUUUCCCUUAUAUAAACUGGGAGCAGAAAGGCUUGCCAACCGAAACAGAAGACUCUAAGUCUCCAAAAGUUCCCGAAGAAGUGGAUACAAACGUCAAUUCAGAUUCAGGUCAGUUUACUGGGUCCCCUGCCGUUGCUAAGUGUAGCAGCAAGAGUUUCUGGAGGAAAUGGUACAGGAAAUUUGUAAGGGGGAGCAAUAAACUCGGUAAAUCAGAUUUAAUAAAUGCAUCUUCAGCUGAAUUGCUCUCUGAACUCCAGUUUAGAGCUGUGGAUUGUCUAUAUCGAAGCGAGAGUGAAAGUUUCAAUUCAAUUGAGUGGUUCUUUUCCAGAUUCAGAGUUUCAGCGUAUCAUGACGAAUCUGCUUAUGAUAUGGACUGCAAGAAUAUGGCUGCUCAGAAUGAGACCAUAGCUGCCGAACCCGUCUUUUUGGCAGGGAAUACACAGGAGAGUAAGCACCCUCCCCCUGCUGCUAAAUCAGUUCUAAAGAAAAGAAAGAAACAGGCAUUUUCGCAGCAUUUAGGGGCUGAGCGUAGUUCCAGCAUUCCGAAUUUGGUGGGAGGCAAUGUCUCUGGUGUACAGGAUGCUAAUGGAAACCAAGGAAAAAGUUCAAUUGAGAUUAGUCAACUGGCAACAGACGCUAAACCGGAGGAAAAGAUGGGAAAGAAAAAAGGAAAAGCAAACUCAGGCCGCUUGAAGACUAAGUCACUUUCAGGCCUAUCAGACGUCAAUAUAAACAUCGCAACUAAUACUUCGUUCUUGACAGAUUGCUUGGGAAUGGGCCACCCCAUGCCCAGUGGUAGACUUAAGCAAACAGAACCCAAAGAAGGAGUGAGUCCGAAGUGUCUGCAAAAUAAACAAGGAACUCAAAUUCCAGAUUUGAAUGGGAACAGUGCCAUAUCCAUAUUGUCAGUUCAAGAUCAACUGGAUACAGGUCGUGUUGCUGCUUCUCCGGGUAAACCUGAACCUAAAAAGAGAAAGAAGAAAGUAACUGCUCCAGGCUUACAAAAUCUGAAUGGAAAUAUUGCUGAAUCUGGUUCAUUGGUCAUAGAUCUUGGGGUAAUGAGCGCACAUCCUCUUGAUAGUAUCACUCAGAAAAGUAAUAGGGAAGUGAAGGAAGAAGCCACUUCAGUAUGUCUGAACUCUAAACUUGCUGCUGGCCCUCAGAGUUUAACUGGAAGUGGUGCUAAGCCUGGCAUGUUGGUUAAAGACCCACAAGAUAUUUGCUUCGGCUCAGGUGAAGGUAAACCCGGUAAGAGAGGGAGAAAGAGAAAGGAUAAAGCCGCUUCUGAGAACAAACCCAUUAUAGGCAUUCCAGAUUUGAAUGGAUUAAGUGCUGAACACAGCUCAUUGGGAAAGGAAUUUCAUGAGGCUAACGGUCUCUUGUCUCAAAUUAAAUCUGAGCCAAAGAAGAGGCGGAGAAAAGGAGAGGCUACCUCAGAGCAUCAUAGAAGUAAAUUGACUCCUAGGAGGCCAGAUAUUAAUAUCAGUCAUGAUAGAAUGGAGACUAAUGAAACCGCCCUAGGGACUGCUCUUCUAUUGACAUUUGCCACAGGAGUUCCAAUGCCUUCAAAAGAAGAUUUAGUCUCAACAUUUUGUAGGUUUGGACCCAUAAAGGAAUCGGAAACACAGUUGUUGAAAGAUUCUGAUAGUGCCCAGGUGGUUUUUAUGGACAGUUUUGAUGCUACUGAAGCUUUUCAGAGUUUAGAGAAGAAUGCCCCUUUUGGUGCAGCCCUUGUAAAUUUCCGACUUCAUCAUCCUUUAUCAGAUAUCUCUCUAGUUUUGGAACCAGAUAGGACUUUACUCACAGCCGUAGGCCUCACACCAAUGGAAGCAUCUCCGAUGAAUGGAAAGCCUUCCGGGUCAAUGCCUAAUCCUGAUGAGGCACCUGCACUUGACUUUAUAAGGCAAAAUCUUCAGGCGAUGACAUCAAUGCUGGAGAAAUCUGGAAAUAAUCUUUCUCCAGAGACGAGAGCCAAACUGGAAGGCGAAAUUAAAGGUCUCCUGACAAAGGUGAGCUCCAUGGCUGGUUCUUCUUCCUCUACUUUACAGGGACUGUAAGAUUUGGGGAUACCUUGUUGUAGAUUUCAUUAACUUAACUCUUAUUGGUCUUCUCUGGCACUCUUAUCUGAAUGUUGAUGUUAGAAUUGCAAACUUAUUUAGUUUGUUGCAAUUGAGGAGCUAUAGUUCAUGGCUCA